UGCGACUAACAAAUCAAGACUGAAGUAUUGUAUAUUUUUUCACUAUCUAUUAUUUUUCGUCAUGCUCGCCAAACUAUCUGCAGACAUAUUAGAUCAUCUGGAUAUAUUUAUUUGGGAAAUCGAGGAGUUACAAGUACCACAGCCAUUAUGGUGGGAGUAUAUAUGGUGCAUUAGUUUGUCGUUAUCAUUUUUCGCUCUCUCUGCGAUUAAAAGGAAUAGGAUUAAAACUCUGCAAAAAUAUAUGAUAGGUAUCAUCCUGUUAGGUUAUGGCCCAUUAGGUUAUGCUAUAGUGUAUUACUUCAAGGAUGUCUGGACAUACUUAACUGUAGGCAAAUCUGAUGACAUUCAUUUGUGGCAG